CGGCCUCUGAGAGCGACUGUAAAAAACACUGUCCUCUCCUGAAGACACGCAGCACUGAAGGGAUUGGUAACCAUGAAUGGGCUUCUGCUGCUGUGUCUGCUCCUCCUGUUUGGAGGUCAAAGGUCAUCCGCAUGCCCCCAUCUUUGCUCCUGCCAUGGCACCCAGGUAAAUUGCAGCAGCAGGUCUCUCACCUCCUCCUCGCUGCCCACCAGUUUCCCUACUGAGACCACUGAGCUCGGUCUCCACAACAACCUGCUCACCAGCCUCCCUAAUGGGCUCCUGGAUGAUUUGACCUCCCUUCGCUCCGUCUCCCUUCAUGGUAACCCCUGGGUGUGUGACUGCGGCGUCCUCUACCUGCGAGCCUGGCUGCUGCGUCAGCCUGCCACCCUCACAUCACACCUGGGGGUCAACUGCAACUCCCCUCCCGGCCUGAGAGGGCGGCUGGUGGUGUAUUUAACCGAGGAGGAGCUCCUGGAUUCCUGCCACUACUGGUACUGUGACCUGGCUCUGGCCUCACAGGUGUGUCUGUUUGUGUUUGUGGCGGUGCAGGCGGCUCUGCUGGUGGCUCUCAUUGUGUUCCUGAGGAGGUUCGAGAGGCUGUCCAAAGAGGCGAGGAGAACCACAGAGGAGAGCUUCACAACUGGGGAGGGUCUGAGGGAGAAUGAGUAUUCGCCUUUAAAGGACAGCAGGUUCUGAGAUGCAGCUGUGCUGUGUGAUUGUUAGCCACAAAAGAAAAGGCUGUUUAUCGUUUGCACACUGGAGAGAAAACGUGUUCUCAUAUGCUUUGUGGGAUUCAGAAUAUGAUCCCAUUUAAUGAACAAGCAACUGUGACAAAUUAAAGGAAAAACCUAAAUAAAUUGGUAAAGAAACAAAACAAAUGCAGAUGCUUCCAUACGAGACACAAGUGGAGUGGUGUGAUAAUGAAAAUAAUGAAUCAUAUGUCAUCAACCAAAUUCCAGUUAAUCACCUCUGAGAGAUUUUGGGCAACACUGAAGCUGUUCUGGCAGCUUGUGGUGGCCCAACACGCCACUAAGACACCGUAGGUUGGUUUUUCCUUAAAUAUGUCACCCACCUGUGUAUCAUUAUACCACCACAGACCACUGUAUGCCACUGGAGAAUAUACUAUAUUAAAAUAAAAUAAAGAUUAAAAACA